UCCCUCACCCUAUACACUCAUGGUAAAGAAGAUAGGAGAGGUGGGGGGGGGGGUAGACGUGCUUGAUCCUAGGGUAUUUCAAUUCUUUCCAAGCUCAGCGAGGCCCGAUCUUGAACGAAGGUUUUCUCAGUCUACCCCGGAGUCUACCACAAUGUUUGCGCUUUUCCAGGAAAUAAGGCAGCCAGCUAUAUGGGUGUAAUCAGUAGUGUUUGCAGUAAAGCUUCUAACAUAUGUGUUUACAGCCAAAAUAAAGUGUUAUUUUUAUGACGUAUUUUGAUUCGAUAAAUCACGAGGUAAACCUUUUUAUAUUUAUUCAUCAUUCUUUUGAUCAAUAGACUUAUCAGUUUAAGAUACUAAAAUAGACUUCGACUCACUUCGAAAUACACGUACUCAAUGCACUUCUCUUGUUUGGUUAUUUCGGUGUGUGGGUUCAAGUCUGUUUUGACAAGUUGCCAGACGGCAUAGUUAUUUCUACUUUCUAGGCUAAACAUUGCAUUCCAUCGCGAUUGUAACCAGGAUAUUUGACCCAACAAUUUCCUGCCUGGGAAGACCCUGGAUGUCGAUUUAUCAGUUAAUGUUUAGUAAGUUGUCAGUUAAAGUUCACGUGGUUUUUCUAAGUUUGUCACGACAGCUGUGCCGUCCUAUAGACUGACCCGUAACCUGUAUGAUGUUAAUUAGCCUUUGUUAAACAGACUACACGGAAAGUGUUUAUAAUCUUUUAAAGCGAUUUCAUCAGAUGGAUACAGCUGCCGGGAAGUUUGAAGACAAAGCGACAAAGGGACAUUCAUCGCAUGAACUUUAGACCGAGGUCACUAUGAGGAUAUGCUACCAAUCGUGGAAAUACCAGGGCAGAUCAUUAUCGUUUUAAAACUACGUUAAAAAACCCCCGAUACAAAAACAAUCCACGAGCGAGCUGACAAAGAAAUCAAUUCAAACGAGACCUAUGACAAGGACGUGAUUCCCACCAUCGACGCACCUAUAAUAUCUGAAUAUAGGGCGUAGACUAAAACAAAGAACGGUGAAUUUUUCUAUCGAGUCUAAUACUAAUACCAUCCGGAUGGACGUCAGAAGGCUGUUUAUGCUGUGAUAUUUGUGAUGAGAUUGCAAGUCUACAACACUAUUAAGUAGAAAUACGAUCUCAAUAAGCGAAUAGCAAAGCCUGUAGUGUAGACUUAAAAUAGUGAUUACUGAGCUAUUACCGGUUUCCGGACAUGUGAACUAUUAUUAUUGUGUUCGUAGAUAGUACGCAUGUAGGGUGUCUCUGCUAUCAGACGUAGACUCAUUUCAAUAUCGACGGUCGAUCCAAGCGAACAACAAAAUUAUCAACACUAUCUGUAUAAAGAAAUCUGCAAUAUUAAAACAUUUCUAGUCAGUGCAGAGAGGCAGUAAAGAUACACACGGGACCUCAUAUAGGCAGCUAUUUUUAGUCAAGGAUAUUUGCCAAUAUUGAUCAGUUCAGAAGAAGGAAUUGGCAUUGAUUUUAGACACGGGUAUGAAUCGGGAAAGUACUUAGCUUUGUUAACUGAAACAUAAACAUCUGGCGAUUCAUCGACUCUGCGAGGUUUUGAAUGGAGUAUUUAUAUUGACGACAUACUAUACAACACUGAUGACACCCAAGAGACAGUUACCGUGUAUUUGAGCUGUUUUAAUACAGGCGUGCGCUACUUGACAACCAACCAGGGCGUGGGCUUGAACGAAAGAACAUUCGUAUCAAUAUUCAACAACAAGCACAAGACAUAAGGAUGAAAAAGUCACCACACGGAAGAAUUCCACCUGCCAUCACGAUAACACCUACCUUGGAGAAGGAGGCCACAGAAAUGCAAAGCAUUCCAACAUUAAAACACACUCCCGGACUUCUCACACCUGGGACGAAGCGCAAGCAUGAAGAUGAUAUUGAUGACUUCGAUUACGCUAAGUACAAAUUCAAAAAGAAAUGGGCAAUGAAGGUACAGAGGGAGAAGCAACUUGCAGCACAAAUGUGUCUGGGUUCAACAGAGGACACACCCCCACCGACUCCUACAUCGCCUGGAUAUACCUGCUCCACUAUUGGGGGCACUAAUACACCCUCUAGUAGCCCAUUACCUUCGACUGUGUUUAAGUUUGACUUCAUGAAAAAUGGAUUCGAUUCAACGCCAAGUACUCCCUUGAGUAUUGAUUCUAAUAGGACUAGUUCACCAUGUAAUAGAAUAAGUUCUCCUUCAAUGCGGCUCCACUCGCCCGGAUACAGGACUUUAUCACCCGGCCCAAGAUCAGCAACAUUUCCACAGUCCAAGCGCACCGUCUCCCCAACUACCCGUCCAAUGAGUGCACGGUUAAGCCCAGAGAAAACACUUGGUAUGAGGUAUAGAGCACCUCCUUCUGUGUUUACAUUUGAUAACGCGCCUACGUAUAUGUACAGGACGCUCCCCAUCUCUAGUUUCUCAUCAACUAUUCCAACAUUUCCCAGUGCCUCAACAUCAUCAACCUCGAAUAUUUUUCGCAGCGUCACCGAGCUCUCAAAAUCUCAUUGCCAAACACAGAACAAUGAUGCGAAACUGCACCAGGCAAACCAAAGAAUCUCACAAUCCAAUGGCUGUAUAGAUCUCACAAUGCCAAAGACAAUAGAUCAAAGUAAAGAACGCUUUGAAGCCCAAGAAGAUGUUCCUAUUGAUUAUAGUAUCAAGUCUAGUGGUGCUCCAGAACGCCAGGUGGAUUGCAAGUUUGUUGCUCAAAGCCUUCCAGUUCAUUCCAGUAGUAACAGUGGCAACGACGAUCUCCGUCUCUUCAUCACUGAUUUACCAAAAGAUCCUCGAGACUGGAGCAGACAGGACGUUGGAAACUGGCUCAAGUAUAUGAAGUACUGUAGAGGUAUUCAGGGUAUAAAAGAAGAAAGAUUCCCGAUGAACGGCAAAGGAAUUUGUCUCAUGGACCUAAACAUGUUCCAGUAUAGAGUACCCCAAGGAGGGCAAAUGCUAUAUAGGGACUUUGAAAUGCGACUUUGUGCUGCCGUAAAUGGCGUACACUGACCAGAUACAUCUCUCCCGGGAUUGAGCAGACGUGCACUCAUUGACUAUUAAAGCUGAAUUGCACCGAACGAAACAUUUUGGGAGUUGAUGUCUCAGAUAAAAAUAUAAUCCAAUGUGACACGCAUGAUGUAUAUCUAACAAUUGUACAUUUUUGUAAAUACGAAUACUAAGAUAAUCGUUAUGUACUGAACCCAGACCAAACAAAACGGCUAGUCCGUUACUUCAUUACUUCAAUCUAGCAACUCUCUGUACUUUAAUGUGACCCAUUAAUACAAAAAUCCAUUCAGACCAGUGAUAUUAAUUCAUCAUAUUAAUGUCUAGUUUUGAGUCCUGUUACAGUUACACACAUGAACAAGUAAUAUUUCAAUUAAGAUUCGUUGACACUGCAACUGUUCAGUAGCUUCCUCCUAUGUUAUUUCACUAAUUAAUAAAAUAAUACUAGUAAGAUCUCACACGUAUAUGUUACGUACGACAAUCGUACUGUUUGUGCUAUGAGAUAUUGACAUCUUAACAUACAGUUGAUAAACACGUUAACAGUAAGGAAGAUUUUUACUAUACACUUUAAUGCACAGAAUUCACCUCGACCAAUACCAAAUCAUUAUUGGUAAUGUACAUUUAAUUGCACGAUGCAAU